UCUCUAAGUAAUCUGUGAAUGAAUGGAAUGCUGAAUGGAAGAUUUAGCGCGCCGGGUUUUAGUUUUGAUAAUGAUAAGUAGUGCAAAAAAGUGUAGUAAAAUGUUAUAAAUAGUGAUUUUUAUUUCAAAUUCCAUAUCUAAAUAAGUAUCACAAUGUCUAUAUGUUACGGUGAUCCUGUUUUUGACUUUGAUUUGAAUUUGCUUCGCCCGACGCCCAGCACCACUGUGGCACCUUCAUCAACAGACAAGCAGAGGAAAUCAAUUUUAAUUGUAAAGAAAAAAAUAAUAGGAACUGAUGCGUUGAUUAAAAAGUAUUUUACGAAAAAGGAACUUCUAGAUCAAACUGAGAAAAAUUUACUGAGUACUAAAGAGGAGUGUAAACAAAUAUGCAUUGAUUACAGAAAAUCUGUAGACUCAUGUUCCGCCUUAGGAAAGGAUUUGCAACAAUUAAAGGAUGCUAACAAGGAACUGGAGUCAAAAUAUUCUCAUCUUGAAAGUCAGUAUCAGGCAGCCAGUUCUCACGCUAAUCAGCUGCAGUCUCUUGUAAAGGAACACGAAACUCUUAUUGAAGCUUUAAAAAUAGAAAAUAAAUUAGGUAAAAAUAGUGACAAAGAUUAUAAAAAAAUGCUACAACCACUACAAAAAGAAAACAGUUUGUUGAUAAAACAUAUAUGCUUAGCAAGAGACAUCAUCUUUGGCAAAAGAAAAUAUAGGUUACGAUAUAAAACGAUUUUAAAAAAAUAUGAUAAAUAUAAAAGUCCGGAUCCUAUGUUUGAGGAAGACGAAAAUAAUGUUGAUUAUGUUUCUGAUGAAAUACCUCUUUCCCCAUUUUCUGAAGAAUAUGAUGAUGGUCCAGAACCCGCUAAGGAUAAUAAAUCACAAACCGUGAAGCAUUCAAAUAAUGCGGAUCUAAGUAGGAUUACUAACAAUAGUAUAGUAGAAAGUAAUGAUGUGGCCAGUGUUGAUACUGGUCGAGGUUCAUCAUUAGCAUCUUCUGUUAGUGAUAAAAGCUUCCAUAGCCCGGAUUAUUUUAUAAGCGAUAGCCCUUUGAGCGAUGAUCAGGAAUUGAAUAAGACUAAAACUAAGUUGGUAGAUUCAUCAACAAGUCCUAUAUCUUUUAGUCUCGCAGUUAACGUAUCCACUAGUCCUAUAAUUUUUGAACAUGAUUUACAAAAAAAUUACGCUAUGGUGGAUCGAGCGCUUAGUCCAAUAGUCUUAAUUGCUAAUGUAGCUGACGAUAUUAGUAACGAUAAUGAUGAUGUUUCAUUGCGAUCUGAGAGAGAUGAUGGCCAAGAAAGUUGCAAUAACGAUAAUGAGACUAUUGACUGUGAAAAGAAACAAAAAGAAAUAGAAUGUUUAGAAUUAAACAAUAGUGAGAAUAUAUCCAAAGAAAACAGUCAUGAUUGUGAAAUCGAAAUGAUUUUAAGUACCAUGAAACUACAUAAUACUUUAAUAACACCAAUUCCAUCAACACCAGCAAAAUCAUCUUCAGGCUGCACGCCAAACAAACAAAAUCAACCUGUUGCAGUUGUUUGUUCAGAAGCAGCAUUAGCAAGAGAGGAAAAUAAAAAAUUACAAGAGAGUGUUGCUGAACUUGCAAAAGAACUUGCUAAUAUUAAAAGUAUGCUUAGUAGUAAAUCUAGCAUUAAUGAAGGUCAAACUACAAGUCUUAUUCAAUCAACGUCAAAACAUUUGCCAUCACACGAAAUUAACACAACAUUUUGUGCGGUUGAGAAAACAAGUUACAAACUUCAGGAGGAAAUCUCUAGAUGUCAAUAUGGAUUUUGAAUAAGUGAAAACCUUCAAGCUAUUCCUGAAGUUGAAGAAAAUUUCCAAGAUACAUCUGAACUGCAAAGUGGAGAUAAACCAGCAAAUAUGAACGAAUCCCACGAAGUAGUGGAUAAUGUGAGUGAAAUAACUGAAUUGGUCCCAGAAAUAUCUGCUCGUAUUUUCUGUACAGAUGAUCAGAGACCAACGAGAGAUGAUAAGCAUAAAGGUCUAUUGCUUAGAAGGAAUAAAUUAACAAAGUUAGAGAAAUUAAAACGAAAAUGUUUACCCAAAUAUAAAAUCAGGAAAGAACAGAAAGCGUUCAAAAAGCAGCGUGUUAAACCUACAUUGAUUCCUAUUUAUAAAAAGAAGACUGUGACUAAAGCUGAUACUUCUGCUACCUUAAAUGAUAAAAAUGUUUACGACAAGGCUGUUAAAGUGAUGUCGGAAUUAAAAAGGACAAAACCUGUUUGUCCUGAUAGUGAGAUUGUUGAGCCAAUUGAACGAAACUUAGAAGAAAAUCCACUUAUUACAAUUGAUACAGAAUUAAGUAAUGGUAAUAAACAAAAAAUAAGUGGCUAUUGCGAUUUAUCUACUACUGUGAUGGAAUAUCAAUCUUCAGAACCAAUUGAUAUACCUAUUGCUAGUCCUAAAAAUCACAUUAGUGAUGUUAAUCAGAACGAAGUAGAAAAUGUUAAUGAAGAACAUGUGGUAGUUAAUAAAGUAUUCUCUAAAUCACCCGAAGGUAAUAAAAGUCUCAAACGUGGACCUGAAAAUAUAUCUCCAGAAAUACCUUGUAAGCGCACAUUACAUAGUUCCAUACUGGAUAUGAUAAAAGGAAACAAUCUGAAAAUAAUUUUACAAAGGUGUGAGACUUCUACAAUACUUAAAGAUAAGUCCGCACCUGAGAAUGUCGCUGAUACAUUAAAGAAUAUUCCUCUUACACUGAAAGGUAAAACAUCGCCGUCUAAAGUUAAUAAUGCACCAAAUAUACUAUCUGUGGAUAUUAAACCUACGACACCAAAACCCCUAGAACAAAUUGAAACGCAGAACAAUAAUAGUAAUCGAAGAAAAAGUGUAAAAGAUAUGAGUCUUCAACAAGUUAGUCCCAAGGCGAUAGAAAAUAAAGAUACACACGCCACGCAAGGCUUACCUAGCAAUCGAAGAAAAAGUGUAAGAUCACUUUUUUCUCCAGAGGCUAUUUCUAUAGUGCCAGAUUACCAAGAAAGUCAUGAAAAACCAGAUCUUAUAAGGAUUAAGGAUAUAUUUGCAUCAGAAGUUAUUCCUCAGGAACCAGAACGCCAAGAAAAGAAUCGCGAUGAAAAACUUGUCAGUCGAAGAAAAAGUGUUAAAGAUAUGUCUUCUUUAGAAACUAAUUCUGGUGCCUUAGGUAGAAGAAAGAGUAAGGAAGAUGAAGGCGUUCAAGGUCUUGUUACAAAUCGAAGAAAAAGUGUGAAAGAUAUAUCUUCUCCAGAAGUUAGUCCUAGGGCGUUAAAGAGCCAAAAGAAUAAUGUCGAUGAAGGCAUUCAAGAUUUUACUAGAAAUCGAAGAAAAAGUAUCAAAGAUAAUAUGUGUUCUCUGGACGCUAGUCCUAAGGCAUCAGAAACCGAAAAAAUUAAUAGUAUUCAAGACCUUCCUAAUAGACGAAGAAAAAGUAUUAAAGAUAUGUCUUCCCUUGAAGCUAGUCCUAAGGUAACAGAAAGCCAAAAAAUUAAUAGCAUUCAAGACCUCCCUAGUAGUCGCAGAAAAAGUAUUAAAGAUAUGUUUUCCCCAGAAGCUAGUCCUAAGGCAUCAGAAAGCCAAUCAAGAAAUAGCACUCACGGCAUUCAAGAACUUCUUAAUAAAAGACGAAAAAGUUUGAAAGAUAUAUCUUCUCCAGAAGUUAGCACGGAUACAUCAGAAAAUCAAAAAAUAAAUAACAUUCAAGCUAUUCAAGGACUUCCUAGUAGUCGACGAAUAAGUGCUAGAGAUGUAUCUUUCCCACCAGUUAGUCCUAGGGCAUUAGAAGGCCAAGAAAAUAAUAAAAAUCAAGGUUUAAAAGACAUUACUAGCAAUCGAAGAAAAAGUGUUAAAAGCAUAUGUUCUCCAGAAAUCAAUUCUGCAGAACCACAAAACCAAGCACAACUGGACAAUCAAAAUCUUACCAGUGACCGGAAAAAAGAUGUUAAAGAUUCAGGUUGUAGUAGUAAUCUUAUAGCACCAGAUCAAAGUGUUACUAACAAAAGAAGAAAGAUUGAUACAUGUAGUUCAAAAGUUAGUUCUGUGGGACCAGAACACUCAAAUGUUACUGAGAGUCAAAGUGCUAUGUAUCAUGCAAAAGAAAGCGUUUUAUGUCGAAUGAUAGAACAGUAUGGAGUUAAAUCUGUCAAAUUCGGUGUAAAGAAAAUUCCAGAUUCCAUUAUAAAUACAACUGCAAAGAAAAUUGAAGCUGGUAUUAUAAGGAUAAUUGAAGUUCCUGGCAAUGAAACUAAAGAUGCUAUGAAUAGAUUUGUUAUAGAUAUACAAAGUUGGGAAAUAAAUCAUUUUGUAAAAGGUCUAAUACAGUAUCUGAGGGACCCUGUCCGUAAAAUUGAACUGUUCAGCAAAGUUGUUGUACCUUCUGCACCAGCACUGACCAAAUCAGAACAAAUACUCCUGUAUGUUAUCUUAGAACUUAAAAAAUGUUGGGUUUCUGUGGACAUUGUUGACAAAAUUUUAUGUUAUCUUGAAUAUACAUUAUUUUCAUUAAAUCGCACACCACAAUUUGAAGUUAUAGAGAGCAUGUCCCAUUUUUAUGCAGUAGUCUGUAGGUAUUUCAAAAUGAAGACGAGACUAAGGUUAUUUGUCUUAGACGCAAUGUAUUGCAUUCAAUUCAAAGCUAUACCGUUGAUCAGACAAUGUAUCGAAGUGUGGAUGCAUAUUUUGCCUCUCGCUCAUAUGACGUCUGCGCAAACUCCAUUGGUUACUUGCUUGGUUUACCUAUUACAUUUUUAUAAAUGUGAGGACAAGUUGAAUAGGGUUCAAGAGAUACGAAACAUUCUAAGCCGCAAGUACUUCUAUAAGAUAACAGAAUGGAAUGAAAGUAGAAUUCUGGAAUUGUGUAAAAAUUCAAUUACAUCAUUAAAAGAUAUUCCGUCAGAGACGAAAAUGUUAAGACUUGCUUUGAUAAUUCUCGCUAAACGGCAGGGACCACGUUGGUGUCACAAUAAUAUAGUAAAAAAUGUAUUACAACCAAUCAUAGAAAAGCAAAAUAAUCCUGAUCAUAUCAAAGCAUUUUGUGUAUCCAUGUUUGGACCACUAUUAAAACCUUAUCCAGCUGAUAUGAAAGUACACUGUGAAAUAGUAAUGAAUCAACUGUUUACCAUGCUACAGGAUGACCAAACUCCUAAAAUGGCAGAAGCAAUUGUCACGAGCUUAUUAUAUAUGAACAAGCACAAUCAAUUCAGAGUGAUCCAAGCACUGGUUGCCUGGAGGCAGAAGAAUAUUUCACCUGAACUCGAAUUGAUGUUGAAAGAUUUUGUUAAAUCGAAACCCUUGAAAAUAUGGAAAAGUACUCUAUCAAAAGUGGUACAGUAAACUUUAUUUUAAAAAUGUAUAUGCGAUACUAGCUAUUUAUAAGUGUUUACAUUCAAACGAAAAGUUGUGUAGUGUGUAUUGAUAUGACCGAUUUCAAUAAUCGACCCUAAUCGCUAUCUUAGGAUCGAUCACAAAAACUUACCAGUUUAUAGAUUUUUUUGGCAUUCUUUAAAAUAAUCUGCAGUAAAACGAGCUUAAUACGAUUUCCUGCAUAAUAUGCGAAUUUACUACAUCAGUCCAUGCAACUUGGGACAUCGUUUCAUACUCUUAUCACGCUUAAUAGUACUCGUAUUAAUUCAGAUAAUGAGUGUAGCGCGAAACAUUUUUAGCAUAGAUUAAUUCGGUUUAAUCUUAAAUUGAUAACACAUAAAUCCUAACCCCCUUAUUCAUAGACGUUUUUUAUCUGAGGAUGGAGUAAAGCUGUGAUAACAAGUAUAUUUCUCAGUGCUGACGGCAUGGCAGUCUUGUGACAAACAGACUUGUUAUCACAGCUUUACUCCGUCCUUAGAUAAAAAAACGUCUAUGAAUAAGGGGUAAGUCUUCAAGGGAGCAACUUGCUAUAGUGGAAUAGCAAGUAAAGAAAUCUCUUUUCAGUCAGUCUAGUUUUCCGACCUGUGUGAAUUCCGAUGGGUUGAAAAUGUUGCGUUUGUUAUUGAUAGGCAAGCAAAAAAAAACACGUUUGAGAAUCGGAACAUUACUGGGCUUGAUUUCAUCUGUUUAAAAGCUUACGAUGAACACUUAUGUAUUUAAAAAUAAUACUAGGAAUGCAUGAAACAUGCAUUAUAAUUACGUUACACAAAAUUACUACAAUGCGAUUUAUUUUGCUUAUCCCAUACAAUACGUUGUCCCGCUUGAGACGCGUUUUUGUCGAGGUCCCUUUAAUUAAAUCGUCUUAAACAUAUUUUAUUGUAUUUUGGUUGUUUUAAUCCCGGGAUCGAUCCGAAGAUAUAGAUUAUUUAUUGAUUUCAGUUGUAAGUCGCCAUAGUAUUUAAUAUAGCUUUUUUUAACCUGAGACGAAUGUCGCUUCGCGCCUUGUACCUAAGUGUUCCCAGUUAGUAAAAUUAAUUAAAUUUAGCGUACUUAUUAACAAUUCCUGUAUUGUAAUGUUUAACUGUAAAUAAUAUUUAGUGAUUUAGUUUUUUACAAUCUAAUGGCUCAAGCGUAUUUUUUAGCGGUUAAAUUAUGUUUUAUUUUCAUUGUAAAUAGCAUAUCGUAUUUUAUAUCGUGUAAGAAUUCAUUUUAACAUCUUUUGGAAUGAGAUAUUAUUUUUGGUGCUGACUCUCUUAAAAUUAAGCAAUAAGCCAUUAGAUUGAAUUGAAAAUGAAACUGUGAUUAUGUUGUAUAGUUUUUAUUUAAUAAGUACAUGUAAGAUGAACUAGAUUAAAACAUAUUUGGUAUUUACAGCCCUUUGUAUUAAUUAUAUACCUAUACAUAUGUAAUCGUAGAUUUUCCGUGUCUACAUUCAAUAUUUUUGAAAAAAACUAAUUGGUGAAUGCGAAAAAUACGUAAAAUGGGACUGUAAAACAAUUUUUAUUUGCUUAAAUGUUCGUUGAAGUAUCACGUUAAAACUAUUAACGAAUUUAAAAUCUAAUUAUUAAAACAUUACGUUUUUAUCUGUGUAAUAUAUAGGGUAAACUCGCGUCGCGCAUGUUCUGUUAUUAGGAGGUGUAUGAGAUAAGCAGAAAAUAAUGAGGUAGAUUUAGUCGACACAUUAUUUUGCGCUUAUUGCUAGUUUCUGAACAAACAUUUAUUAUGUCAUGACGUGUUCAUAGCAGUUAUUCAAGCGAACAUAAAAACAUAAGAUCGAAGUUUUACUUAUUAAAUCUGCAUUCUUAAAUAUUUAAUAUAUUAUCACAUUUUUCAGCCGA